UCCAUCCGCCAUGGGGCCUCUUAUUCUUCCUGACGACCCUCUCCCGAUUACUCUAGCGGAUUUGCUCUCCAACACUUUGGUGCUACGGCAGACGGCGCCUUAUCUACCGGUUUCUGCCAUAUAUGCCCUGGCAGCCACCUCAAAGGCGUUUCACUACAUCGUGCAUCAGUCUCCCGAAGUCUUCCGCUACCUCGAUCUCUCCACUGUCAAAUCAGCAGUCGUGCCUUAUGAGCCUCUCGAUUCCGGCGGUAUUCGUUGGCGCGCCGAGCGCAUGGAUGAAUCCCUCACCGAAGAUGAGUUCUAUUCCGGCCCGCUCCGAGGCAUUUUCUCGAAGCUUGAACGACGAUGCCUGCUCCGUAACGUGCAUACAAUGGUGCUGGAUGGCUUGAGCGUACCUGCAGACCUCGUGCGGGAGAUCAUCGCCGAGGAUAAGUUCAACGUCCGCAUCCUCUCUAUUAGAGAUGCUCGGAACUUGAACGAGAGGAAGCUCAGGCAGGUGUUGAGAUUCGCGGUGCGCCCCACACGGCCGGAGGGUACCCCGAGGAUCAAGGGUAUUUACCUCUUUGGCCCCCGCGAACCUGCUCCCAUCCAAGACGCGCCUGGCAAGAAGAAGCCUCCCCCGAUGAGAUCCCCUCCCAAGGGGAUCAUUUACUCUCAGGGAGCCCAAAUUAGCGCCGAAUGGAACCAGAGAUCAGCAGAUGCACUCAACGCCGCACUGGCGCGAACGGAAGACAAGUGGUAUCGGUGUUCUGGGCGCAUGCUUGCGAAACGCCCCUCGAUGGAAUGGGCUGAGACUCUCAAAGCUUGCGAAGGCAUCAUCUUCUUCGAUGCUGUUCUCUGCAGGGGACCGCGGCAUGACCCGACAAAAGCAUUUAUCAGUGAGGGCCCAACUACCGGACUUCCGAACCCAGCCUCGUAUCUCAAUCCUGCUAUUGCUACUGUGGCGUUAGGCCCAUCUGGGUGCGAGACCUGCCAUUCGUCUCCAGAAGGUCCUGCAAUGUACGGACAGUCACCAUCUUCCGAAUUCCCUCUCUUGAGCCCACUGCCGCUCCAUUCAGCCUCAAUUCGAGCUGCUCAAUCUCCACACACCACCGAUGGCUCCAGGCCUCCUCCACUAUUCGCACGAUGCGAGGAGUGUUUGAAAGGCCGUUGGUGCGAGCGCUGUCACAAGUGGUGGGAUGAAGAGUGCUACGCCGGGUCUGCAAUCGCCAAACGCACUGAACUCCAGCAGACAGAAUUCAUCGAAAGUGUCCAGACCAAUGGAACCAGCCAUAUCAUUCCAAAGCAAACCAUCAAGAUCAUCGGCGUUCGACGUGAUUGCUUUGGUUGCGGCCACACGUGCAUCGGUUGCAAAGAACGCUAUAUCCGGCGAUGUGUUAGCUGCCAGAAUGAGUAUUGCGUCGAAGACAAUGACGCAUCUUCAGCAACAAGGUGUGAUUGGUGCAACUACACAUCACGGCGUACGGUAGAGAUGUAUUGAAGAAGCGAUGGAGCGAUGAACCUUCCCGCACGUAAGACGUGAGGAAGCUUAGUUUUUUAGAUUAGCACAGCGGUAGGCGCUUGGAAAGAACUUUAUUGGGAUGCAAUGAGAGUUUCGGGGUAAUGCUUGCUUACGACUGUCAUGAAUUUUUCCUGGCGUUUAUCAACCACUCUGCUCAUAGCGGUUUUUUAAAUCAAAG